AUGCUUAGUUUUUCCCUACUUCAAGGGUUAUUGCGGCACCCCACCACUGCCCCCUGUAACAUUCCUAAAGCCACUUACUACAGGGCCUGCAUUCUUGUGCUUACUGGCAAGGAUAUUGAGAAGAAUAUUCAGUACUCCAUUGAACCAACCCAAAACAAAUUUAAUGCACCCAGGGAGGUCUCUGUCAUCAGAGAUUAUGAUAGCUUCAUCUCCUUCACUGACUGGCUGCCUGUCAAGUCUGAUCUUUUUCUCUACCCACUCAACAACCCUGUUGACACUCUGCACUCCAGUGUUCACAUCAAGGUUCCCAUGAGUACCCACAGGGGACAGGCAGACAGGCCUAUGGGCCCUCAUUGUGUGCCCAACAUCUGUUUGGGUGCAGUUGGCAUUCACACAAAAGUGCGAUUGUUCUUUCCUUGGUUGUAUAACCCUGAUAGGAAGGAUGUUGAGCUCACAUUUGAAGAGAAGAAGGGCUUGUAUGAAAAGGGUUUGAUUCCUGUCCUACAUGAGCUCAGUCCUGACACCAUCACCAACUGGGCUGUCAACUAUGAGGGUGUCCUCACACAUGCCAGAAAGACUUGUGGAAUGUAUCAGUACGGCACUCGCCCAUUCCCUGGCAAUUGUGUCAGGCACUUCAGCCAUGAUCUAGCCCAAGUGUUGGGUAGUGAACUCCCUUGGGCAACAGGGAUGUUAUUGAUGGUCCAGGUGCAGGGUGUCAAAGAGGCCAACCAACAUUGUCCUGGGGAUAUUGAUCAGGCUGAGGAUGCCUUAAUGAUGACCCUCAGUGAUUUUCAUUAUAAUAAUCUCAUGGAUGAAAAACAUUGUUAUGUUAUGUUGGCCUCGAGAUGUCUGAGCUUGGAUAUGCUUAUCAGUGGUGCACAGAUGCCCAUUGUGAACUCCUCUUGA